AUGUCGACUCGAUCUCGACGUUCAGCUGGUCAGAAACAAGGAACAGCUUUGAAUCCAACAUUGAUUCAACUGUUGGGAGUAGCUCGCCUUCGAGAAGAGCUCAGAAUUCGUGGAUUGGACACGACUGGCAACAAGACGAUCUUGGCCGAUCGAUUGGAAGAAGCUGUCUUGUUGGGAAAAGCUGUAGCAGAUGAAGAAGAUGUCAAGCCUCUUAUUGAAGCUAAAGAGGAGGUGAUUGAACAAAAACCGGCUGUAAAGACGAAAAAAGUAGUCACACCGAAGCCUAAACGAGGUAGAGCUAAGAAGAAUGUGCCUGAAGAGGUUGAGGCCGCUGAACCAGCUACAGAAGAAGCUGAAGAUUCUACACAAAAUGUUGAACAGGAUUCAGAAGUCUUAGAUGUUGAAGCAGAAGCUCCAGAAGAAGAGGCGCCGGUAAUACCUGUGGCUAACACAAGAUCAGAACGCAUAAAGCGCAGAAGCUGUCGACUUUCAUCGCCGGUUACUAAAACAACAGCUAAAAGAGGGUCAAUCAGAGGAAAGAAAGCAGCAGAACAGGUUGAAAAAGCUGUAGAAGUGCAGGAUUAUAAAGAAGAACCGAUGGAAGUUGAUAAAGUAGAUGAACCGGCAGUGGAAUUGCCUAAAAAGAGAAGAAGGUCGACUCGAAAAUCAACGCAGAAGAUCGUAGAUGUAGAUGCGGGCCAUAGCAAAGGGACAGAAGGUACAGAAGAAGUUGCAGAACAAGAAGGACAAGAAGACGAUCAAGUACAAAGUGGAGAAGAUCAAAUAAAAGAUAAAGUAGAGAAGCAGCAAGCGAGAAAAGAUGAAGCGGAGGUUGAAAUAGUGGAAGAAUUUGAAGACGAUAUUAUAGUAGCGUCACCGCCAAAGGUAACAAAAGUUGCCCGGAAGUCUAAAAUGACAAUACUUUCUGUGACGACGAAGACUUCAGACGGCACGGUGAAGAAGAUAUUCAAUCAAGUAGCUGGAACUUCAGUAACAACAGGAGCUGGUGACUCUGUAGUAUCUACUGUAACAUCAAAAGUAUCUACAGUAACAGAAGCCAAGUCGUGUCAAGAAAUGACUUCAGAAGCCAGCACGGUGGACUCAACUGUACCUAAAGUCAAGCCCUUGAGUAUAAAAGUCCAAAAAUCAAAAGAAGGUUUAUCGUUGAAGACUUCAGAACCUCGUGACAUCCGACAAGAACUGAAGAUCAUCACGCUUGACGACUUCUCACCAUCUUCUUCCGCCGGCUCCACACCUACACCAUCAGAUAUGAAGGAACGGUCGAGUCAGGAGAAGAGUCAUGAAUCCAGAAAGUCGAAGCCGGCUCUAUUAAUAAGGAAGAUCUCCAAACUGAGUUCAUCGACCGGCUCACCAACGCCAGGCCGAUCCUCGAAGAUUGCCAGUCCAGUUACUGCAGGAGUACCAAGAAAGAGGACCAUUCCGCAAAGACAUGCUCCAGCUGGCAUUGAUCUUCUGGAUUCGAUUCUCGGAAGUCAGGACGCUCUACUGAAGGAAUGCAAUAAAACUGAACAGGAGAAGGCCAACGAACUUCAGAAGUUUGAGUUGGAGAAGCGAAGGAUCAGUGGACAGUCACCGUUUCUGCUUGGACCGCUCGAGAAACGGCCAAGGACUAAUACGAGUAGGUUUAUUUGAAUGAUGUUUUAUAUGUUUUGGGUGGGGUGAAGACUGUUAUAAUAGGGUAAGGGCUUAUAGGGUACGAUAAGGUGUGUUAGGGAAGAAGAGCAUAGGAUUUGGUAGGGGAAUAUAAGGUAGAGUAAUGCAAGGUAGAAUAACAUAAUUUAUUUUAAUCAUACUUUUUAUUUCCAGUGUCAUCAAAUGAAAGUCAACCGAAUUCUCCCCUACCAAACGUGAACCCUCGAGACCCCUUGAAUAUCAUGACUGUUCCAACAACAUCUUCAACUCCAGCUGAAUCUCAAGAUCUUCCAGGUGUAGAGCGAAGUGCUGACAGACUAAAGCGGCUUGAACUGCCAGGACAACGGAAAGUCUCUCAAAUCAGUCCAUUGGCAACGAAAAGCAAGUACCCAGCUCUGCCAAAGGUACCACUCAGUCCACCGAAGCUGGUGUCACCGUCGGAUUUGGCCAAAAUUAAAACUGAAAAACGAGGUAAUUUUGAAAAUUUAUUUUUAAAUUUUGAAAUCAAAAAAAAAUUUAAAAGUUCGAUUUUUUAAUUUUUUUUAUAAAUUAUUAAAAUUUUAGAAAAUCAUUAUUUAAGUUUCAUUUUUCAGCCUCCAGAUGGGAAACCCCGCCCACCAAGCCACCUACAACUGUACCAUCACCCGCCGUCACCUUUGUACCACUUCAACCAGCGCCAUCAGCUAUGCCAUUCUUACCACCACCCCCGGGCUUUCCCUUCCCGCCGCCGUUUCCACCACCGGUUGGUAUGCCUGGAGUUACAAUUCCACCGCCUGGUAUGUCGAUUCCUCCGCCAACGAUGACACUGCCUGGUUUACCUCCUUAUGCACCUUAUGGUCUACCACCACCCUUCAUACCCAGCAUACCACCGCCUGCACUGCCUGCUAAUAUUGGAGUCAAUGUCACGGCUGGAACUGGGCCUCUUGGGACAGGGACGGCUUCGAUUGGUACUGGUGGUGCAAGUUAUGGUACUGGUGGUGCAAGUUAUGGUGCUGAUGGCAACUUUAGUGCUGGUGGUACUAGAAAAAAUAGUACUGGUGUUUUGGAUAAAAAUGGACUUAGUGGUACUACUGGUAUGCUUGGUACCAGUCUUCAUGACAUUCCUUUACCAGAUGUAAUACCUACAAACGGGGCUGGGGAUGCCCCAAGGACAGUAUUAACUAAUGUUAUUGAGGAGAUGAAUCAAGAUAUGAUAAUGGAGUCUUCAGUAGAUCGUACAAGUCAUUCUCAGACGUCUGAAGCGUCCACGAUGAGAGAACCAAACUCAAUUUCAGAAGCAUACACACCUGUUGAUGAUAAGCUUGCUAUGUACAGUAUUGGUAAAGAUAACGCACCCUCAGCUUUUGGAGAUGGCCCAAGAACCUCAAAGAACGAAGCUCAGGUUGAAGUACCUACUAACGAGUGUACCACUUUGACUGUCGACGAUGUCUCAUGCCCAUCAGUAGUCCUACCCACGGAUUUGAUGGUUGAUAGUGUGCUAAGUUCGAGUGUCUACAACCUGGACGUGAAGGAAGAGCAAGAAGAGACGGUACGAUCCGUGGAGGACGUGGUAAAGAGUGUUAUAUUGGCGAUUGUGGAGGAAGUCACCUUUGAAAUCGAACAUGCAUCAUCAAUAUCAGCCUCGGCUAGAAUGCGACUACACGAUUCUUUGUUGGAUAUUGAUUCAGAAGAUGUCUACGAACCGGACGUGGUCAAUGAAACCAUUUGUGUUGAGGACGAUGAAGCCUGCACGUCAGAACUUCAUAUUGAUGUAGAUUUUGAUGGUAACAACGAGGGAAUGACCACGGUCGAUAGUCAGGAAGGUAAGAUGGUGUUAGUAUCCUUUGUGAUUUGGCUGGCUUUGGGUUGAACUGAGGCCUGAGAGUUGGGCUGCGGGUCUGGAACGUUUGCAAAGCUAAUCUAGUUUAUUUGUUACCUAAAUGAAUAAAGUAAAGCAUGGGAAGUAUAAGUUUUUGAUUUUAAAAAGAUUUUUUUAAAUGUUUUACUAAGGGAUCAGAAUUUCCUUGUGAUGAACCUACUAUAACAUUAUAAUUUUCGCAAGAAUACCUAUAAUAACACCAAGUUUCAGAAUAUUCCGAAGACGAAAUUGCUGGCGAAGACGCGGAAGAUUCCGAAUUCGAUAGUGAAGACGAAGACGACGAAGGAGAAGAGCUAGAAGUAGACGAAGAAGGACGAGUAAAGAAGAAAACAUCGAAACUACAAGUGGAUAUACCCAAAGAGAACGGCGCUCCAGAAGAGAAUCAAGAAGAAUCCACGAUUCAAGCCCUGAUGAAAGACCCACGGAAUCUGCUGAAGCGAGCCGACAUCCUCAUCAAGAGCUUCAACAACAAAAGUGGAGUAGAGAUAGAGCAAAUGGAACUAGAUGAAGAUUAUGUUGUGGAAGAACCAGCCAAACCCAUGCCCGAGUUUCACGGAGAACCAGUACCGGAUGAGGACGAUGAUGAUGCACUGUUCGAAAUGGCAGCAGGUAAGGGUUUGGGGGAAUUUUUGAGGGGUGAGGGAGUUUGAUUGGUCUAGCAUGCGGUUCUAACAAAAAAUGUUGAUCAACUCUAUGUUAAUAAGUUUUUCAUUAUCUUGAAGGCAUGUCCCGAAAAAAGGAAGGCAAGCCGAUCGAAGAGGAACGUCUCCCCGACGACGAAUGCAUCGAACUCGACUACUACAAUGCUGACAUGAACAUCAAGGCUGAUCCCAAGAACAAGUGGCUGGUCGAUCCGGACAAUGGAGAUGGCUUUGCCUUAAUGUGGGGAUGUGUAAGGUCGAACUACGGCCUAAUCAUACCCAAAGACGUGGAAGGCUUCCCAACUCUAGUGUAUCAGGUCAAGAUUGGCGAGUUCAUCACUUUGAAGCACCUACCCUUCGAAGAGGUCGACGCCUACGACCUGAGGGUGGGAUGGUCGAGUGAGAGUGUCCAAACACCGGUCGGAGAAGCCGAACAUUCCUAUUGUUACUCGAGGCUGGGCAGAAAGGCGGCCGGGAAUCUGUUUUUGGAUUUUGGGGCUCAGGCUUUGAUGGACGAUGUUAUUACUGUGGCUUUGGUAAGAAAUUGGUAUUUUGGGUGGAAAUUGAUAAUUUUUUGAAUAUUUUGUUACCUAAACAGCUAUGAAAAUUGAUAAACACUUCUUUUUUAGUCUAAAAUGAUUUUUUUAUUACCUAAAGAUUUAUUUUUUUAAAUAUGUUGUUAAUUAAAGCAAUAUCUUUCAGAACUUGGAGCUCUCCGAAAUGCGCGUCUACCUAAACCAGCAAGACCUAGGUGUUGUCUACAAAAACCUCGACUUUGGAGCCCCUGACGAUGCCAUCUUCCCUCACAUCGGAAUCAAAAACAUGAAGCUGUAUGUGAACUUUGGCCUGGAACAACCAGAACCAGACUGUAAAUGGGAGUUACCGCCCCAAUUACUUCAUAAAAACGUGAAAUUCAUCGGUCAAUUGGAGCGGAGUCCGUCGAUUCUGAAACGGUCGAUCCGACCACCGGAUUCCAAAAGUGAUUGCACCGUGCUGAUGAUGGUCGGAUUGCCAGCGGCUGGGAAAACGUUCUGGGUUAGACAUUAUCUGAGGGAACAUCCCAACGAACAUUGGGUGUUACUGAACACGGAGAAUGUGAUCAACUUGAUGAAAGUAAGGAUGAAUGUUGAUGUUUAUGUGGGGAUCGUAUGUUUGGGUAUUAUGGGGUAGAAUAGGUAGGGUAGGGUACUGAACCACAAGUUAGAGUAAGAUUUGGCUUGAUAGAGACAGCUAGGGCACGAUAAUUGGUAAGAUAAAGUAGUAAGAUAGGAUAGAUAAUGAUAUUGUAGAGUAGGACAAGGUAUUGUAGAGUAGAGUAAGGUUCAGUAGGUUAGAUAUAGUAGGAUAAUGUAAGGAAACACUAGUAAUUGCUUUUUAAAAAUCAAAAUCCACCAAAACAUAUUACUUUAGGUGAAUGGGGUACCAAGGAAACGAGUCCACAACGGCCGCUGGGACAUGAUAAUGGGUCUGGCGGCUAAAGCCCUGAACAGAAGCUUUGGCUUAGCGUGUAGAAGAAGACACAACUACAUUAUCGACCAGACGAAUGUGUCGCGGGAUGCGAGGAAGAGAAAGCUGCAAGUAUUCAACGAUUUCCUGAGGAAAUGUGUGGUUAUUGUCCCACCGGCGGACGAAUUCGAACAUCGACAGCUUCGACAAGCGCGGCAGGAAACUGGGUCAACGUUACCGGCUGAAGCUUUGCUGGAGUUGAAGGGUAGGGCUUUAAAGUCAUAUCAUUAUGGAUGGUUUUGUUCUUUUAUUUUAUUGUUCAAAUAAUUCUGUGUCCUCUUUCAAAGCAAAUUUUAGGGGUUAGGGGUACAGAAUUAUAUGAGCAACCUAAUAUAUUUUAAAUUUUCGGUUUUUGAAUUAAAAAUUUUUUUAAAUUGUGAUUUUCAGCCACAUUCGCCCUCCCAGCACAAGAUCAAGAGCCAAUCGAAGAGGUGAUCUUUGUCGAACCACCAAUCGAGCGAGUGAACGAAGCCAUCGAACUGAUCCAACGCUACAACGAAGAAGGCCGACCCUACCUCCGAACCAAACGAUACAACAACAAACCACCCCCAUCUGUCAUCAGUGACAAUCGGAAUCAACCCUUGGGGUCUUGGUAA